CGGUUACCUCAUCAUGGAUCCUCCGGAUACUGAACAAACGGUGUCUCUCUCCACCGCCGUCGCCGACGACGAAUCCUCCGACUCCUCGCCGACAAGCCCGUUCAGCACCCUGAACGACCUCUGCUACGAGCUUUCUUCACUCCACGAUCUCGCCACUCGUGGCUCGUGGCGUUCAAUCCUCGACAAGGUCGCUCGAGCACGUAAUCACUCUCUUCUCUCCAAGCCCCACGAGCAUCUCACCUACCUGGCUUACAAUUCCCUCGCCUUAGUCAAGCUCCGUCGCUUCGCCGAUGCCGCAGCCGAGAUCGAUUCCCUGGAUGACGAUCUUGAUAGCCCUCAUUACCGUUACGAGUCCUACGUACAACAUUAUUCUAACCGACAUGGCUCCAUGGUUCCUUUCGUCCUCCGAUGGAUACACGCUGAGAUCCCAUCCAAACUAGGUAAGCAACAGGAAACCCUAGAUCGAUUAUACAUACUCCUCGAUUUUGUGCGAACUGAACUGAAUAAGAAAAUGUCGAACAAUCUGAAUGUUUCCAUCGACUUAUGGAGACAGCGUGAGAAUUUCGUUGUGAAUUCGAUGAUUUGUCAUCAUUUAGGUCGAAAAGAGUUUGGGGUUAGUCUGCAUUUGAUUAGGGAUAUGAUGAUACGCAAUGGUGAGGUAAAGGAUCCGAAUCCUGUUUCAUUGUCAAAAUUGGGUUAUAUUCAGAUGCAAUAUGGGGAUCUGGAGGGUGCUAAGGAAACAUUUGACAGAAUUGAGAGCUUAGUUGAAGGUAAGGAGGAUGUAGAGAUGAAGAACAUGGUAAGCAGGAACAAAGCUUUGGUUUACUUGGUAGGGAAGGAUUAUGUGUCUGCUGUUAAGGAAUAUGGUGAAUGCAUCGAGAGGGAUGAAUCGGAUGUUGUUUCGAUCAAUAACAAGGCACUUUGUCUGAUGUAUUUGAGGGAAUUGUCGGGUUCAAUUCAAGUGUUGGAGAAAUCAUUGGAGAGAGUUCCAGUAAUGGCUUUGAAUGAGACUCUUGUUGUGAAUUUGUGUAGUAUGUAUGAAUUGGCUUAUGUUAAUCACUCGGAUACUAAGAAGACCUUGAGCAAUUGGAUUGCAAGAGUAGCUCCUGAUGAUUUUGAUUCUUCUUGUACCCGGAUAUGAGGUCAGAGAUUCUGGGUACUCGAAUUCGGAGCCAUCGUAGUCUGCUCUAAAAAUCUGUCGGAGCUCGAUUCCUACACCACCCUUAUCAAACCCGACGACCUGUCCGUGGUGGCUGUCAAAUCCGG